GAUUACUUCAAGUUCCAACACAUUUGGCCUACUAUAAUCUCAUUAAACCAAAUAUCUUUUAUAUUUAUUAUUCAAUCAUCCGUGAUCCGAGAAUGAAGUUCAUCUCACCAUUCCUCCUGCUCCUCGCUACCGUCUUUGCAACCCUCGUUAUGGGACUGCUGGAAGCCGAGAAAUAUGGUCUGAAAAGAUUCACUGCGAGAUACAACGCCAGCAACAAGUCCUACAAAGAAGUGCAUCCGAUUCUCCUACAGCUCUGCGGCGAUCUCAGAUCAUCGGGUCCAUGUGCUGAUAACGAUGAUGCUAUUUUUGGAUUAAUGGGAUACCUUGAGUUGUUCAAUCGUGACUGGGAGGUUCCUAGAUAUGCGGAUUAUACUCAAAUGGUCAAUGAGUUUAACAGCGCUCUUGCUGCGUCCGAGUAUGAUAAAAUAAGGGAAGAUUAUGAGAAGUCUAAAGCCGACAAUCCAUUCAACUAGACAGUCUGGUGAAUAGAUUUUAUUUAAUCACUUUUUUU